AUGGCCCACCUUUCGACCUUUGACUGGAUGGUACUCUCGGGCCGUGGAGCAGACCCGUCACUGCCCACCACGGCAAACCACCCGGUUUCCCUUAGUGUGGCGCCGGUGGUCAUCGACGCCAUGCAGCACGCCGACACGGGAGGUGAACUUGUGACCGAGCUCAUGUAUGGUGGUUUCAUCGAGCACCUGGGCCGCUGCAUCUACGGCGGUAUUGUGGAUGACCCAAAGGCACCCUCGCCCUCCAGGCUUCUUGAGCAGCAGCCAAACCAUGCUCCGGCCUGGCGUGCCGAUAUCCGCCGCGUGAUUGCUCGUGAUGGCGAGCUGGAGAUUCCCAUCAUGAGGUGGCCUGGUGGCAGCUAUGCUUGUGACUACCACUGGCAGAACGGUAUCGGUCCCGCCGAAGAACGGAAGGCUGCUUGGGACCCCGCCUGGGGCAGAUCGGAAAGCAACCGGUUUGGCACAGACGAGUUUAUCGCCAUGUGCCGUGCCUACGGGUGGGAGCCCUUUCUCUGUCUCAACAUGGGUACUGGUACCUUUGAAGAAGCUCUUGCAUGGCUUGAGUACUGCAACGGGACUGAGAACACGUACUGGGCCAACCUCCGCCGCAAGAACACGGGCCGCGAUGAGCCACACAAUGUCAAGUAUUGGGGCCUUGGUAACGAGACUUUUGGUCCCUGGACUAUUGGACAGCUCACGGCCACCGAGUAUGCGCAAAUGGCAAAGCGGUGGGCUCUAUCUAUGAAGAUGUACGAUCCGACCAUCAAGCUUUCGUCGUGUGGCGAAAACGGAUGGUCCGAUUGGGACCGCGCGGUUCUGCAAGUCCUGAUUCCUCAUGUCGACUUCCACACCAUUCACUUUUACACGGCCAUGCACGGCGGCAAGCCCUCUGGGUAUGAGUAUGAGAAGAAUGUUUUUGGAGCGGCGGCCCCCGAGCGCGGCAUCCAGGUCUGCAAGUCGCUCAUCGAUCUUUACAACAUCGACAACACUUGGCGCCAAAUUCCUGCCAACAGUGUCAAAAUCUCCUACGACGAGUGGGGAGUGUGGGACAACCGGAAGGCCAACGCCAAGAAUGGUCUUCAGCAGACCUAUGACCUCACAGAUGCGCUCGGUCUCGCGGGUUGGUUGCAUGCGUUUCUCCGCAACCACACCUCCAUUGGUAUCGCUUGCUACGCGCAGACUGUCAAUGUUCUAUCGCCAAUCAUUACCCGUCCCGACGGCAUUCUCUUCCAACCCAACUACUACCCUCUCAAGUUUUUCGCCAAAUACAUGAAGAACGGCCACACACUGCAGGUACCUUCUCUUCCUGACCGCUAUGAUGGCCCCACAUACCCGGAUUUCAUUCAGCAACUCGGUCUUCGCCCUCGAUACGUCGAUAUUGUCAGCAUGGUCAUCCAAAAGGAGGGGCGUGUUAGUGUUCGGCUGUCUGUCAUAAACCGUCACCCAUCUGCAGAUUGGGAAGCACCUCUCGUGUUGGCCGGGCUCAAGUUGGAAAGCGUUGUCGUGCACGAGUUGUAUCACGACGACAUUUCUGCCAUUAAUACCUUUGAAGACCCCAACAAUGUAGCUCCCGUGGCCACGACGUUUAGUGCGGCUGAGUGGGAGAAACAUAGGAGCGUGGUGCGCAAGCACUCGUGGCAAUUCAUCGUUGCGGAGGGUACUGCCGAAUAG